GGGGCACAGUGUCUCAGGGUAGUUGAGCAAGAGUGGGGCUCCCAGCAGACAAACAGGCUCCUUUCUCCCGAGGGGCCAGCCUGCAAGCGGACAGUGGGACGGUUGCCAGCCAUGGGGUUCGGGGACAAGUGGGCCACCGGUUCAGCCCCACUAGACAUGUUUUCCAGAAAGCACUCUCUGCUGGGGCAGCCCCUGAUCCCAGGGAACUCCUUAAUCUUCUGGGUGCCAGGAAAAGGGCAGGAGGUGAGUGCUGGGAGGCAGCUGAGGUCACCCUUCUUUGAACCUCCACGUGGUAUUUACCAAGAGCAGUUGUUGCCAGGACCCCGGCCUCCGGAGUAUAAAGCGCAAACGUCUGCUCUCUGUGCCCAGAACCGAGCAGAGUCCGCAAUAAUGGCAAGCUCGGCGGCAAUCCUCACCUGGGCUCUGGCCCUGCUCUCAGUGCUUUCAGCCGCCCAGGCACGGAGAGGCUUCUGGGACUACUUCAGCCAGAGCAGCAGGGACAAAGGCAGGGAGGAGCAGAGCCAGCAGCAGAAGCUGGUGCGGGAGCCAGUGAGCCUGAAAGACAGCCUUGAGCAAGACCUCAGCAACAUGAACAUGUUCCUGGAAAAGCUGGGUCCUAUGAGCGUGCAGGCGCAGGAGCCACCUCGGCUGCCACCAGACCCAGCAAGCAUACAACAGCAGCUGCAGGAGGAGCUGGAGGAGCUGAAGGCACGCCUGGAGCCCUACAUGGCGGAGGUGCAUGAGCUCGUGGGCUCGAACUUGGAGGGGCUGCGGCAGCAACUGAAGCCCUACACGCAGGAGCUGAUGGAGCAGGUGGCCCAGCAGGCACAGGAGCUACAGGAGCAGCUGCGCAUGGUAGGGGAGGACGCCAAGGCCCAGCUGCUGGGGGGUGUGGACCAGGCGCUGAGCCUGCUGCAGGAACUGCAGGGCCGCGUGAGGCACCACACCAGCCGCGUCAAAGAGCUCUUCCACCCGUACGCCGAGCGCCUGCUGAGCGGCAUCGGGCACCACGUGCAGGAGCUGCACCGCAGCGUGGCCCCGCACGCCGCCGCCAGCCCGGCGCGCCUCAGCCGCUGCAUGCAGGCGCUCUCGCACAAGCUCACGCUCAAGGCGGGGGCCCUGCACGCGCGCAUCCAGCAGAACCUGGACCAGCUGCGCGAUGAGCUCAGCGCCUUUGUGGGCGCCAGCAUGGACGGGGCUGGGGAGGGAGCCGGCCCGGACCCUCAGGUGCUCUCUGAGGAGGUGCGCCAGCGACUCCAGGCUUUCCGCCAUGACACCUUCCUGCAGAUCGCCGACUUCACGCGCACCAUCGACCAGGAGACCCAGGAGGUCCAGCAGCAGCUGGCGCCGCCCCCUCCUGGUCACAGUGCCUUCGCUCCCGAGUUCCGGCAAAUGGACAAUGGCAAGGCCCUGAGCAAGCUGCAGGCGCGUCUGGAUGACCUGUGGGAAGACAUCACUUACAGCCUCCAUGACCAGGGCCAUGGCCAUCUGGGGGAGCCCUGAGGGUCUGCUUGCCCAGGCCCACUCCGCAACUCUUGUCUGGAGAAGCAUGGAUCUGAGCCUCUGGCAGGGUGCAGUCGUUGAAAGAGGCCUGCUGGGUGGAGGGCGGAGGGUCCUACAGGACAGCUGAGGUGGCUGAAGGACUGCUGUGCGGGCGUAUCCGGCCCCCUGCGACUCUCCCAUCUGGACACAUUACACUCAGCAGGCACUGUAAACCCAGCUUCCCGUGCUCAUUUGGGAAUCUUCAGAGUUGCUCCAAUCAGGGCUGGAGGGAAUGGGGAGGGACAGCCGCCCUACGCCCGACGCCUGCAGGUCACUAUCGGCCGGCGCCUGUAGCUUGUGCCGCCACUAGGGGUACAUCCAGCAGCUGAGCUCCAAUCACUUGUGGCCACCUAGCGGCCAGAGGGGCAGUUGGUCCCCUGCCGAGGCGGGAUACAGGAGGGGACCAUGAGGGAGGAUGGAGGACACCCCCAGAGGGAGAGUACGGGAGGGUCCUGUGUAUGUUUCUCUGCUGGCUCCAGUGCCACUGAGAAUGAAUGGCAGAGGCAGUGACGGGAGCCGGCAGAGCCCAUAUUUCUAUACUGGGCUCUGCACAUAAUAAGGGACUGAGCCUUCCAACGUGCGGGAGGCUACUUACAACGCCCUGGGGAUGUGCUCGCCCCAUCCCGGGCCACUCUCUCCUGACUCCCAGGCUGAAGCCUGGCUGUCUGGCUCUGCUGAAAUAGAUGCUUAUCAUGGACGCUU